AGAGUCGAAGUAGGAGUAGGAGUGGGAGGUGUGUGAGUGAGCCAGAGCCACUCUCUGCACUGCAGUGAACCAGUCCAAGUCCAACAAGAACUCUUGCCCACGGUACACGAAUGAAGAAUUAAUUCAGUUGGUUGCUACUUUCGUAUGUCACUUUGGACUGUCUGAUUGUUCUAGUUAUUUUCGACAAUAAGUAGUUGCUAUUGUUUACAUUUAUAAGUUCGCUCGUUCUUUUUGUCAAAGACAAAGUUACAACUGAUAAGUGAGUGGUAUCGGAAAGGAAAUAAUCGACCAGAAACCAGCCCGGAUGCUCACACCAGCAACCAGUUCAAGAUGGCCUCAUUACACACUAAUCAAAUCCUACAUCACUUGUGAUCGACGUGUAUUGACAUACUAACCGAAAGUAUCGUUUUAUUUAUUGGUGAGUAAAGUUUCUUGAAUUUGAACGAACAAAUAGAACAGUUUAGAACGACAGUCGUGAAAAUGUGUCGGGCAGUUGCCAGUUGUCCCGGAUUGCUUGUGUUUGUGUAAACGAAUCGGCGACGCCGCAUUUUACUUUUUACUAUCUCCUAUGUAUCUACUUAUAUACACUUUAUAAAAUAUUGAAAUUAACUUAUCACUAUGGCUGCCCAAAGAUCUGACUCAACGCCGAUCUGUCGCUGCAGAGUCCUCUACUUGGGCUCUUCUGUACCUCAUGUCACUAAGGAUGGACUACAGGGAAUUCAGGAACCUCUCAGAGAAUUGUAUCCAGAACAAGGAGCCAUAGGUGCAAAAGGCAUUGAUUCUUGGUUGAGUGUAUGGAGCAAUGGUUUGUUGCUUGAAAAUGUUGAUGAAAAUCAUAAAAAAGUUAGUAGGUUCUUCCCCAUAGAUACAUUACAUUACUGUGCAGCUGUACGCUACGUUUUGGUGCCAGAGAAGUCAUCAUCGUUAUCUUCGUCAUCGCAACCCAGAUUUCUACCCCUUGACUCACCGUUUGCAAGAACUCCGAAUCCAAGUCAUCCACCUCUGUUCGCUGCAAUACUUCGCAGGACGACAGGUAUCAAAGUUCUAGAAUGUCAUACAUUUAUCUGCAAGAGAGAAAUGGCAGCUAAUGCUCUAGUACGUUGUUGUUUUCAUGCUUAUGCUGAUUCUUCAUAUGCUAGACACAUUGACUCUGGUGGUAACUCUAAUAGUGUGUAUGGUACACUUAGGAAUUAUAAUCAGCCUAUACAAUCUAAUAAUAUUGAGAAAGUUGAAGGAUGGAAUAGAAUGGCACCCAGUGGUAGCAUGCUUACAUUAAACAGCACAAGUUUACAGAACAAUAUGGAUGUAGGAAAUCAUCAAAGUCAUUUAGCACCCACCCCUGAUAAUGAUACUUCUAUAGAUGAUAUGUCAAUUUGUAAUGGUGAUGAGAAUCAUAAAAUUUGGGCUGGUAGUACAAAAGAUAUAUCUUCUAAUGAUCGAGAUUAUAUCUAUGGUGAGUGUGGGGGGAGUACUAUGAGAAGUACUCGUUCAAUCAGACCAAGACAAAUAAUGAAUGCACCACCCCCACCACCACCACCAGUCAAGGAAGAGAAAAAAAAGUUGAAUAAAGACAAGUCAAAACGCAAAAAAGGAGGGCCAGAUAGGGAAGAAAUGCAUCAUAUGAUGAUGAAUGGAACAUUGAUGAGACCAGCCACAGCCCAAGGUAUGAAUGGAAUAAGAUCACACAGUUCGAUGAGUGGAACUAUGAUGAGAGGAGCACACAUGCAUCCCAAAGGCACAAUUCUAAGGCCAGCUUCAUCGCAUCUUAGUUAUCAUCCGAACUCUCCUCCUCCACCACCUCUACCACCACCGAUGAUAAUGGUGCCCACCACUCUGCCCAAUCCAAAGAGGUCAGCGGCGCAAACACUCCCCCACCGCCCUCCAAAAGGAAGUAUCAUGGUUCCUAUCCAUCCUCAAAUGGUGCCUCCAAACUUCUUUCCUCUUCCACCACACCCCAUGUACUUACAGGCUGGAAGAAAACCUCCAAAACACUAUCAAGUAGCAAUGGAAGAACCAAUCUACAUGCCUUCAGCUCGACCCAUGAGUCCAGUUGCCUCCUACCAGCCCAGCCAUUUCCCACAUGAAGCCUACCUCAUGCAACAGUAUGCCACACUCUAUGGCACUGGCAAGAAGAAAGACAAACACGACAAGAAUAUGGUGCCAAUGCCCAUGAAUGGGGGCAACUACAGCGAGGAGCAGUACAAUCAUCCAGCAAUGCAUAGUAAAAGAGGAAAGGAAUCGAAAAAAGGCAAAGACAGGCCUCAGAGCAUGAAUGGCAGUCAUCCAGGUGAUGACGACGACGAUGAGUCCCCUUUCAACUCUCGUGUCUAUCGUAAAAAGAGUAAAGAAAUGAAAAAUGGUAGAAAAUCGGCACAUGAUAAUCAUGAUGAUGAGAAUGACGGUGAAUCACCCUUUAACACUGGAAUAUAUCGCAGGAAAGGUCAUCUCAAUGAAAGAGCUUUUUCAUAUUCCAUCCGGCAAGAACAUCGAUCAAGAUCGUAUGGAUCAUUGGCCAAUCUGAAAUUUGCACCUCCACCAACACUGCCUAUCAAUGGAAAUGGUUCAGCCUCGCCACCAGGAGACAAUAAGGCCUACUACAAUGGAUCAGUCAAUAAGUUGGAGAUGAAGAAGGAACGUGAGAUAAUCCAGAUGAUGCAGGACUUGGAGCUUACUGGAGAUGAGCUGGAGAGAUGUGAGGUCCCAGCAGCAGUCUAUCAACAGCAGCAGCAGAUGCAUCAUCCUGCAAAACUAAGGAGAUAAGGAAGCAGCUGACGUCGAUAAUGAAUUGUCAGCUCGGCCGUCCAAAAUUGUUGAAACGUAUGGUGGAAACUUGUAAGACUGUAAGCGAUAGCGAUUUGCACUUGUUAAGAAAAUUAUUCAUUAUUGAUCAAGUCAAAUAACAUGUAUUUAAUUAUUUUUGUUCAUUCCAGUUUGUGGAUUAUAUGGUAUUAGACAAGCGAAGUUUUUGAGAAAUAAGUCACUGUAAUAUUUAUAAAUUCGUGGGAGAGUGUAAAGAGGGAUAAGUUACUUUUUUCCCAAAAUGUGUUUUUUGAUCUAAUUCACUCAUAAGCCGAUUCUUGAGAAGUGUUAAAGGAGUACCUACAUUAGGCGAGCUAAUAUUGAAAUAUCGAAGAAGUCGAUAUUUAAAUAUUUUAGCCUCAAUAAUUGAGAAAGUGUCCAAUGGAAUAAAAGGUUUAUGUCAUAUCAGGUAGACUUAUUCCCUUUUACAUGAUCAGAGAGUAAUGAGUAUACCCACAAGACUUUUGUAACAAGGGACAAGUUUGAAACGUUCUGACUUGUCUCCUGAAAAAGCAACCUGCAAGAUGUCACAUGCAGAUAAACUGUUUAAUAUGAUAUUUCAAAAUGAGAAUGGUAAGUUAUUUUAUUUUGUUUGAUGAGUAUUCACUUUAUUCAGAAUGAUACUGUAUUAUUUUUUCUUUUUCGUAGAGUUAUUGUUGACUGAUUAUGAUUACAAAUGCUUAUUGAGGUUAGGUUGUGGCUAGCAAUGCUUUUAGACUAACGUUAUGUCACACAUGAAGCAAAACGUUUAUUAAAUGUUGUAUUUAUGAUAAUAUUUAAAUACUUAAUACUAUUAUAGAGGAUAAUUUGUGAGAGAAAGUCAUUCCUCUUGUGGCUACUAGCUCAAAACUUUUAUGAAAUAUAGCCUAUAUUAUUAUCCAUAACCCAACCUUUUCAAUGUGAAUGAUGUGUUUCAAUAAUUUAACAAUAGUUCCAGUCUUAGUCUAUGCUAUAAUUAUAUCAAGGUAUUAGGUCUAUCAAUUAAUCAUUAUUCAAGUUUUGCCAUUAACAUAUUUCGUAUUUUUCAAAAUAUAACAUAAUAUUCAAUAACUGCAUUUAUCUCCUGGAAAAGCAACCUGCAAGAUAUCGUAUGCAGACAAACUGUUUAAUCUGAUAUUUCAAAAUGAGAAUGGUUGGUAAGUUAUUUUAUCUUGUUUGAUGAGUGAGUUGUUUGAAACAGUAAAAAAGUAUCUCAGAUUUGGCUGACAUUUGCACCAUAGAUGAAGCUCUACCUGAGUAGUGUCGGAACCGAAUUUGGCACCUCCAGCUACUAUACAGGGUUAGUUAUGCAGCUUCAAACAUUAUAUUUUCAAAUUUUAAAACGGCCAUAUCCAAUGAACGGUAAGGAAUUUUGCUAAUCGGAUUCCAGAUUCGUGUUCGUAUUUGUCAAUAAUUGUUGACAUGCUCAGUUGUAAAGUGUUUUGGCUGAAUGAAAUUGAAAAUUCCUAGAUGAAACAGCCAAAUGGAAAAAGGAAAAAAGCUAUCGAAGAGAAGACUAAAAAGAAGAAGAAAAAAGAGAAGAAGGC